UCGCGCAUGCGCGGGGGCGCUCGGACGUGUCGGCCGCGGAGCGCGAGCGGCCGGAGCCACCACAACAACAACAAGCCCGGGAAGGCGGCGGCGCGGCCGGUGCAGGGCGGCCGGUUCCCCCCCUUCCCCGCGCCUCCCAGCGCCGCCCCGCCGCAGCCCCGGGGAGGGGAGGGCAGGGCAGGGCGGGGGGGCGGAGGCCUGGCCCGCUCCGCCGCACCGGGGCCGGCUGAGGCGAGGGAAUCCUCCCCCCCCCCCCCCCCCGCCCCGGCACCGCUUCUCACCACAGGCCGCGCCCGGAGAGCGGCCGCUCAGGUUUUCCCAUCUAACACUUCACUUGGAUCAUCUCUCGUUCAUCGGCUUGAAAAUCAGAACAGCCCCCAAACCCGACGGUUGAUCUGAAAGGAAAAUUAAACGAAAAAAGCUGUGACAAAUGGACAAUAUGUCUAUUACUAACACGCCAACAAGUAAUGACGCUUGUCUGAGCAUCGUUCACAGCUUGAUGUGCCAUCGCCAAGGUGGGGAGAGCGAAACGUUCGCCAAACGCGCCAUCGAGAGUUUAGUGAAGAAGCUGAAGGAGAAAAAAGAUGAGUUGGAUUCAUUGAUUACGGCCAUAACCACGAACGGAGCUCAUCCCAGCAAGUGCGUGACGAUCCAGAGAACGCUAGACGGGAGGCUUCAGGUGGCCGGUCGCAAGGGAUUCCCCCAUGUGAUUUACGCUCGUCUUUGGAGGUGGCCUGAUCUUCAUAAAAAUGAACUCAAGCAUGUUAAAUAUUGUCAGUACGCUUUUGACUUAAAAUGUGACAGUGUCUGUGUAAACCCUUACCAUUACGAGCGCGUAGUAUCGCCUGGCAUCGAUCUCUCAGGGCUGACACUACAGAGUUCUGCUCCGUCGAGCAUGUUGGUGAAAGACGAAUACGUUCACGACUACGAGGGGCAGCCGUCGUUGUCCUCGGCCGAAGGCCAUUCGGUCCAAACCAUCCAGCACCCGCCCAGCAACCGGGCGUCCACGGAGCCGUACAGCACCCCGGCCAUGCUGGCGCCCACCGAGGCCAGUACCACCAGCACCACCAACUUCCCCAACAUUCCCGUGGCUUCGACAAGUAUAUUGACAGGUAGCCAUAGUGAUGGACUCUUACAGCCGGGAGCUCAGCAGAAUGGCUUUACGGCUCAGCCAGCCACUUACCACCACAACAGUACUACGACUUGGACUGGAAGUCGGACGGCAGCGUAUACGCCGACCAUACCUCACCACCAGAACGGCCAUCUGCAGCAUCACCCGCCCAUGCACCCUGGACAUUAUUGGCCGGUUCACAAUGAACUUGCAUUCCAGCCUCCUAUAUCAAAUCAUCCUGCUCCAGAAUACUGGUGUUCAAUCGCCUACUUCGAAAUGGACGUGCAAGUCGGGGAGACGUUUAAAGUCCCUUCGAGCUGUCCCAUCGUCACCGUGGAUGGAUACGUGGAUCCGUCCGGAGGGGACCGUUUUUGCCUGGGCCAGCUCUCCAACGUGCAUCGAACAGAAGCCAUCGAGCGAGCAAGGUUGCACAUAGGGAAAGGGGUGCAGCUGGAGUGCAAAGGAGAAGGCGACGUGUGGGUGAGAUGCCUCAGCGACCACGCGGUUUUCGUGCAGAGUUACUACCUGGACAGAGAAGCCGGACGCGCGCCCGGGGACGCCGUUCACAAGAUUUACCCCAGCGCCUAUAUCAAGGUGUUUGAUUUACGCCAAUGCCACCGUCAGAUGCAGCAGCAGGCGGCCACCGCUCAGGCCGCCGCCGCCGCUCAAGCCGCCGCCGUCGCCGGAAACAUCCCCGGCCCCGGAUCAGUAGGUGGAAUAGCCCCGGCCAUUAGUUUGUCGGCCGCCGCCGGGAUCGGCGUCGACGACCUGCGCCGCUUGUGCAUCCUCAGGAUGAGCUUCGUCAAAGGUUGGGGCCCCGAUUACCCGAGGCAGAGCAUCAAAGAGACGCCGUGCUGGAUCGAAAUCCACUUGCACCGCGCGCUGCAGCUCCUGGACGAGGUUCUGCACACCAUGCCCAUCGCCGACCCGCAGCCUUUAGACUGAGCUCCCUCCCGCCGCGGGACGUCCUGAGGAUGGCGGAUUGUAAAAUACGAUUCUGUUUAUAACCCCAAGAUAUAUUUUACUUCUGUUCUGCUUAACCUUAAAAAAAAAAACCCACCCAACCAAAUCGAAAACAGGUUUUAAAAAUGUGUUUGCCGCCUUGCUCUUAGCAGAAAGAAACUGAACAUGCAGAAUUUGGAUGGGGUUUUGUUUGCCGGUUGUUUGGGGAAUUUAAUUGUCAGAAGACGUGGCUCAGGGCUUGAGGUGAAAGGUAAAACGCCUUAGAGGGACUUUAUGGUAUCGGGGUUGUUCCCUUGGAAACUUUCCUUCUCUAUUAUGGCAUCUCGGCGAUAAAGCCUCACAGGAGCCUUUUGUACGCAGAAUAUAUAUUAUAUAUAUAUUUAUACCUGAAAAAUUCCUUCUCAUAGUUCGGAACGUUUAGCAACUUGAAAAUUCCAACUGAUUCGGGACGUUCUUUUUAGGGAACAAGACUUAACGGAAGACUUGUUGGUUUUGUUGACUACCUUGCUAUGAUUUGUUUGCCGGAUUAAAAGGUAGAAGCUGCCAAAAAAAUGAGGGAUGAGAUAGACGUUGCUUCAAAAUCUCGAGGAAAAUGGGGCUUUCCCUUCACUAGUUUUUAAAAAGAGAAAAAGAUAGCGUAGAUUUUUAUUUAUAUAGACAGAAGCGUUUUAAAACACUAAAGGAAACGGAUGCUUUUCAGUGCUGGCACUCGAUUUAAAGAGAACGGGAAACCCCCAGUCUGCAAAAUCACCACUGAAAUUAAUAGAUCGCGUGCCCAACGGCUUGAACGUAUUUUCCUAACUCCUGCUGCCUUCGCUGAUUUUAUUCGAGUGAAAACGUGGCAGGUAUUUUAAAGCAAAAAAUAACGGCGUGACUUUUUACUCGCAUAAACCAUAAUCAUGGAGAAAUACAUCGAGAUUAAGAUCCAGUUUUUCUAUCUGUUCACCAUUUCCACUCAGGGCAAGAUGGCAAACUUGUUUUUAUACCUCGUGGUUAUUUUCCGCCCUGUGCCAUCGACGACCGUAUCAAUUGGCAAUGACUUUGUAUAGAGAAUUUACCGUAGGAAACCAAAACCAACCCACCCCGCAAAUGUAUUGACUGUAUGACAGAUACAAUAUGUAUGCUUCUCUCUAGUUAAUAGUCGAAAUAAAAUGAUGAAAACCCUGAUUUUAUUAUAAAUUCAAUUCGCUUCUCUCCUGUCAUUCCGCACCUUGAAGCCGGCGGAUUCUUUUCCUUCGCAAGAUGAGCGGCAGCAGCCAACAGCGGAUGGAAUUGGCGGCGGUUUAGACUCCAAUCGUUCUGAUUCGCCCGGUUAAACCACGUCCGGAGGGUCUCGCUUUCAACCUAUAAAAAGAGAACAGGAGCUGGAGCUUAAACGGAGACACCGGCUUAAGCUUUGCAGAGCUGGACUGAGCCCACGGAAAGAAAAAGCCGGGAAGCGCUGAUUCAGCAGCUUUUGGCCAAGUUUACGUGGCGACGUCUUGACGUUUGCAAAAAGAACGUUGACUUAGCUCAAGGCCUCGACUUCAAAACCUUUUUCCUUUCUCUCCCAACAAUCUAUUUCAUCCAAAACUUCUUGGGAAGUGGAGGAUUCUGAUCCUUGGAGAAGCUCCGUGAGGUUCCAUCCCCGACAGAAAACGGCGUUUGGUGGAAGAAACUAAAAGCCCGAGCGCACGUUCUUCUCCGUUUUGAACCACCUCCCGUACUUUUCCUGCUGGAUACGAGGCGUCUUGGCUUUUAGGAAGCGUCUUAACCCUCCGAGUGAUGGAUUUAUCACACCAAACUUCAUUUGAGGAGUUAUCCAUGAGCUUUACUCCCUAUUUCACUUUGCGAGGGGCUUAUCUUGCCCCGCUACGUUCAGAACGGGAGGAGGAAAUAACGGCAAUGGGGUCUUUCAGAACCAAGAAGCCAUAAUGGAUUGGAAAAGCCUUCAGCACCGGCACGUGAAACCUUUCAAAGUCUUGCGUUGAAAUAUAUAAGGUCAUAAAGCUGCGGCUCAACCAUCCCCAGAAUCGCGUCUCUUCGCCUCAACAUCUCAAAAUGGGGUGAAUUCAACUGUCUUAAUUAUUGCAAUGAAAUAAUUACGCAAUCACAAAUCUCUGCGCUCGAGGACUUGGCCGGGAUUAGCGCCGGAAGGUUUAGGCGGCUUUAACCUUAAAACUUUAACGUUUCAAGUUGACGCUCUAGAGACGGAGGUGAAAAUUUGCUUGACAAAUCCUUAAUUCGAUCAGGAAAACUGCCUCAAUUUUGGUGUUUUUCCAUGAAAAUAAUUCCGACGGGACUCGGUUUUUUCCUCAGAACCCUUCAAAUAGUUUUUAUGUCUCGAUGGUCGCGACCGAGACGUCUUAAAUCUUGACGAGGAAGCGCUUUAGAGUUUAGACCUUUAAACUGCGUUGUGCAGUUGCUUCGUUAACCGGUUAAAGAUGCGUCUUCAAAGUGGGAUUUGGACUUUAUUUAAGACAUCCUUUCAUUCCCUACUUGAACAUCUCUAUAAAACAAGAUGCAUAUCAGGUAUCGUUACGAACGCUGUUUUUGAGAGAUGAAGAGAUUUACACGUUAAAUCAAUGAUCUCCACCCACUCCUGUUGAUCUCCAGUUUCCACCUUGAAAAAUUCAUUAGCGAGACCAAUCGGGAGGCGAAACGACGGCGGACAAAACCCCCGGAGGUUUCUUAGCGCUGCUGUUGUGCCUUGUGAGUAACAAAUCCCCCCUAAAUUCACACCAUUUAAGCCUUUCACCCCAAUCCCUUCCCGCUUUCGCUCUCCGCUACCUUUUCCCAUGGCUUUUUCGGCUGAUAUUCGGUAGCGAUUCGGUCCCCGUGACCCAAAAACCCGCCGCGUGAGGGGUUAUUUUUGCGUGAAGCUAUUCUUUCAGCCAUUGCCUUUUGAUAAGCGGUCAACAGAAUUCCCAGUAGUUCCUUUGUAGCUUCCCCGCACCCCCCGGUCUGUUUUUUCAUUAGCCCUAGUUUGUGGAUAAUAUACUGUAGUUAACUUUCCUGAAAUUCUGUACCAGAGUAUGUUUUUGAUUAAAAAAGGUCAAGAUUCA